UUCAGUUUACAUUAUCAACUAAACGAGAUAACGUUUGGGAAGUGAUAAAAAUUUACUUGAUUUUUUUCGUGCAAUUCUUUAUAACAACUGACUAAGGUGCUAAAAGAAAAUUCACUAGUGAUCAAUUUUGUGGUGAAUAGAAAAUAAUAAAAAUGUCUUCUCCGAAACCAACGAACAUUCUUCAAAACAACCAAGAACACAUUAAGAGGCCGAUGAAUGCUUUUAUGGUAUGGUCUAGAGGUCAGAGGAGGAAGAUGGCUCAGGAGAAUCCCAAGAUGCACAAUUCUGAGAUAUCAAAGAGGUUAGGGGCCGAGUGGAAACUCCUUAGCGAAGGAGAAAAAAGACCAUUCAUUGAUGAAGCUAAACGAUUAAGAGCUCUUCACAUGAAAGAACAUCCAGAUUACAAAUACCGUCCCCGUCGGAAACCCAAACCGCUGAUGAAAAAAGAACCAAAGUUCGGUUUCUCAAUGUCUCCCCUUCUACCACCCACCCUCGAAAAUCAUAGAUCCUUAAUGACACCAAUUUCAACAUCCGGAUCCCUACCGUCCAUACUCAACCCAGACUCCGAACAUCAUUUAAAAUUAUCCAGAUCCCUAUUUCCACCAUUACCAUAUUUGUAUCAUCCCUUCCGGCAUCCGGACGAAACCAAAUUCGCUGCGGAACUGGCCCUUUUGUACAGCAAUAACCCUUUGUAUCCGCCAAAUAUUAAUUGGCCCAUAAACAAUAUCGCAGCUCAAAAUUUGAACAGUCCCAAUCCGUGCAAUAUGUGUCCACCGGCUUUCAGUAGAAGAUCCCCGAGUCCAGAUACGAUUAAAAGGCCGGUGUGCCUUAUAAUGAAAAAUGACGAAUUCCGGAACGAUCCGAUGCCCGCGCACGUUAUAUGAAAACCACUUCCGGUUCUACCGGAACGGUUGAACCAUUGGUUUAGUGAUAUCGCCAGUUUGGCGACUAGUGCCAGUAACUCAAAUGCCACGGCGACAUCUAGCGUUAAUUUGAUGGAGUAUAGGGAUAGUAAUGCAGAUUCUGGACGGGACAGUAGCAGUCCUUGUACCCAAUAGAUUUUUAUGUAAAAAUGCCAAUGUUGGAUCGUGUAUGUGAUGAUAGAAUGUGUGCAAUAUGUCUUUGCCAUAGAUAUUCUCAUGCCUGAGUUUUAUUUUUUAUGAUUUAAAUUUGACAGCUGACACUUGUAUGGUCUUUGAAAGCAAAGGGAGCAGAUUUAAAUUUUUUUUUGCUAAAACCCUAGUAGGUUUUAUAUGAAUAAAUUAUACUCUUUGGAAAAACUUUCUCUUGUUUGAUACAUUUUGCGUAUCUUAAUUUCAUCAAUCUUAUUUGUUUCAAAGUUGUUCAUUCUCCUGGAGUGAUGUUUUUCAUAUGUUUAGUUGAGUUCUGACCUGAAUGAGAGUUCAGAAUUUUAGGUGAUUGUACACCUACAGGAUUUAUCACCUAUUUCUUCUAUUCAAAACAAGAACACAAUAACUUUAAGCACAUUUUUGAUCUAAAUUGUGAAUAGAAGAUAGCUCUUAGAAAUCAAUAUUGUCACAUCUGUCAAUUAUUUUUCUGAAUUAUAAACUCCAUUGCGUUUCAAACAAUUUGAGAAUUCAUAGGUAACUUGAUAACUCAAAGAUAUCUCAUGUUUUGUUUUAGUUUUUAAUUUUGUAUAUUUUUUUUUUUUUUUCAUAUACCUACCUACACACAUAUUAUACACUUUUUGAAUCUUUGGCUAAUACCCAUUUUAAACACCUAUUCAGUGGCAAAUGGCAAGGAGAAAAUAAAACAAUGUAAAUAAUGUUAAUAAAAAAGUAUAAAUUAGCAUAAAAUAAGGGUGUUAUUUAUUAGUUUUAUUCAAAAUAAAUAAAUAAAUAAUGUUGAUUUAUUCAUAAUAUAAAUAGUUGUAGGGCGAUUUAUUAUUUGUUGAUUUUGUUUCGUUUUAGAAAUAAAUU